GCUUCCGGCGUGCACCGAGCGUCGUUAUCGGUAGAAAAUACAACGCGCAGUGCAGUUCUCGGCGAUCCGAAGUGCGAUGUCCCAGCCAGCCGAGAGCGUGUCCAGAAACGUCUGAUGGAUUAGAAAGAAGAAAAAAAACAACUUCUACGCGCCGAGAGUAGUUCUCGGGUUCCGGACAGUCGGACGUUUCGAGGCGGAAUGAAUUGCCAAAACGACGUUAUAUUUUCCGAGGACACAUAUCCAGCUACCAUCGUGGAGUCUUCGACGGGCAGGAGCCAUUCGUUGCCGUCUCCGCCGAUCCAAUGGCCGUUAUCCCGCGGGAAACUCGGGUUACCAUCCAGAGGGAGCGGCGGGGAGGACCAGUCACGAAUGACUCCCGAUAUCAGUGGAACUUUUCGGAUCCCUACCCUGUCCUCUCCAGGACCUCAAUCUUCGUCAGCCAAGAGUCAACAAUAUGAUCCGGAAUAUGCGAAAAUCGAAGCUUGGCUCGACGAGCACAGCGAGUUCACUUCCGAUUAUUUUAUCAGAAAAGCGACCAGAAACAUUGUGGAUGCAUGGCUGGUGUCGCACGCUUCGGCCAGCAGUUGCGGCGGAGGCACGGGCAGCGGCGGCGUCGGCGUGGGAAGUAGCGCCGGAACAGCGACGGUCACGUCUGCGGCGGGCAACGAGCGUUCGUCCGCCGUGAGCUCGUCCGGCGGUGGCGGCGGCGGCGGCGGCAACAGCGGCACCACAACGCCGGUGCGCAAGAUAUCGGCUCACGAGUUCGAACGUGGUGGCCUCAAGUCCAUGGUGACCACUGUGGACGGUACGCCCACGUUCCUCGUCCACGAGCAUCAGUACGAGACGCCGGUGGCCCGGAGACGGUCCAGGCACGAGCUUCGGCAGCUGGACGAGAAGCAGCUCGUCUUCGAGUUGGUGAAAGACAUAUGCAACGAGUUGGACGUACGGUCGCUGUGCCACAAGAUUCUGCAGAACGUGAGCACGCUGUUGAAUGCGGACCGGGGCUCGCUGUUCCUGGUGCAGGGCGGCGGCCUGUCGGCGUGCCAACACGACCACCACCGGGCCAAUUCGAAACGCGUGCACAGCCCUCCGAAGCCGCACCCUAGCAUCACGGUGGGAUGCCUGAGCAAAGACGACCAUUCCCAUAGCGCGGCGACGGACUCGGACACCUCGUCGGCCGCUGCGGGCACGGCCCCGGUCGCCGCUGCUAGCAGCACCGCAGCCGCGGACCAGCACGGACGUAGCGGCAGUAACAACAACAACCACCACUAUCAUCACCACCCCCACUACCACAACCACUACCACCACCACCACAACAGCAGCAGCAGCAGCAGCAGCAGCAGCAGCUACUACCAUCAUAACAGUCGUGACCAUCAGCCGUGCAACAAUCACCAUCAUGUUCCUAACGCGCCGCUGAUGCCGUCGCCGGUCGUGGCCGUGGCACCGCUCGUCGAGGAGGUAGUAGUCGGCGGUCUGAUCGUCGGCUCGCCUGUUGGCUCCACCAACGUGGGCUCGCUAGCGCCCAAGCACGUGGCCUCGCCGCACGUCUACCAGGGCUGCCAGUCCAAGUGUCUGGUGUCCAAACUGUUCGACGUGUGCUCGCGGUCCACGUUGCAGGAGAUGGAGAAGAAGAAAGAAAUACACAUACCAUGGGGUACGGGCAUCGUCGGCUACGUGGCCGAAAGCGGCGAGCCUGUCAACAUACCGGACGCGUACAAGGAUACCCGUUUUAACCACGACAUUGAUGCUCGUACCGGAUACAAAACGCACAGUUUACUGUGCAUGCCGAUCAAAGACUUUAACGGUGAAGUGAUGGGUGUAGCGCAAGUGAUCAAUAAAAAAAACGCACCGUGUUUUACGCAAAACGACGAGAAAGUUUUUUCGGAUUAUCUACAAUUCUGCGGCAUUGGCCUUAGAAACGCACAGCUCUACGAAAAAAGCCAGUUGGAAGUUAAAAGAAAUCAGGUUCUAUUGGAUCUCGUUCGUAUGAUUUUCGAAGAACAAAGCACAAUAGAGCAUAUGGUUUUUAGAAUUCUCACGCACACUCAGUCUCUCAUACAGUGCCAGAGGGUCCAGGUGUUACUGUUACACGAGGCGUCGAAAGCAAGCUUCUCACGGGUGUUUGACUUUGAGCCCGACGACCUGCAGGGGAAGAACAACGAGCGGACAAGCCCCUUCGAAAACAGAUUUCCGGUUAACUUUGGCAUAACAAGUUAUGUGGCCACUACCGGAGAGACCGUCAAUAUUUCCAACGCUUACGAAGACCCGCGGUUCGAUAAAUCGGUGGACAAAAACACCGGUUUCACACACUCCACUGUGCUAUGCAUGCCGAUCAAAAAUUCAUCAAGCCAAAUCAUCGGAGUUAUACAAUUAGUCAACAAGUUUGAUGAUCUCGUAUUUACCAAAAAUGAUGAGAAUUUUGUGGAAGCAUUUGCUAUAUUUUGUGGCAUGGGAAUACACAAUACACACAUGUUUGAAAAAGCCAUGAUUGCUAAUGCAAAACAAAAUGUCACAUUAGAUGUACUUAGUUAUCACGCUUCAGCUUCGUUGGAUGAUGCACAAAGACUAAGGGCUUUACAAGUGCCAUCAGCCGCUAGAUACCUUUUGUACGAUUUUUCUUUUGACGAUAUCAAUUUGACCGAUGAUGACACACUUUUGGCGAGUAUAAGAAUGUUCAAAGAUAUGGCACUAGUUGAACGGUUUCAUAUUGAUGAACAGGUUUUAUGUCGUUGGCUGUUAAGUGUCAAAAAAAACUAUCGAUCAGUGACCUAUCACAAUUGGAGGCAUGCAUUCAAUGUCGCUCAAAUGAUGUUUUCUAUUAUAAAGGCUACUCAGUGGUGGAGAGAUACUUUUGGUCCUUUGGAAUGUCUCGCACUUAUUAUUGCCUGCCUUUGUCACGAUUUGGACCAUCGUGGAACAAACAAUUCCUUCCAAGUCAGAGUUGAUUCACCACUUGCACGACUCUAUUCAACCUCUACCAUGGAACAUCACCAUUUCGAUCAGUGUUUAAUGAUAUUAAAUAGUCCAGGAAAUCAAAUUUUAAGUAACUUAUCACCGGAUGAGUAUUCUUGCAUUAUCAAAGUAUUAGAAGAUGCUAUAUUAGCUACUGAUUUAGCCGUAUACUCCAGCAAGCGAGUAAAAUUUUUAGAACUAGUUCAUACGGGCAAACACGAUUGGACCAAAGAAGAAGAUCGGGAAUUAUUCAGGGCAAUGCUAAUGACUGUGUGCGAUUUAGCUGCUAUAACCAAACCUUGGGAGAUUCAAAAACGAGUGGCAGAAUUGGUGACUAAUGAAUUUUUUGAACAAGGUGAUAUAGAAAGAAGAAAUUUUAAUUUGACUCCAAGUGACCAAAUGGAUCGAGACAAAAAAGAUCAGUUACCAAUGAUGCAAGUUGGAUUCAUUGACUCUGUUUGCUUACCAAUAUAUCGGGCGAUUGCUGAUUUGUCAGAUACACUUGAGCCAUUGAUUGAAGGAAUAGAACGGAACAAGGCUCAUUGGUUAGAAGAAUCAAAACAAACAUACCGCCCACAGAGUCAUAACUAGAUGUGUAAAAUAAUAAUAUGUGUUUGUGUUUUUGUUUGUACGUAUGUAUGUAUAGUGAGUGUGUAUGUGUGUAUCUACCCAUAUUUUCAAACUAGACAUUGUCCACACAUUUGAUAUAACCAAUCUACCUAAUUUCCUUCUCAUUAGAAUAUAAGACUUGAAAGAACAUAAAUAUUAUUUUACCUUGUAUGUUUAGUUAUAAACACAAUAGUAUUUUUUGUGUUUUUCUUGUAUUUUGUACCACCUACCUUUUAAUAAGAGAUAGAUAUACUAAAUAUAUACUAUACAAUAUAUGUUAAGUUUAUUCCAAUGCAAUGUAUUCUUAAAAGACCACGUGUUAACAGAAAAAUUAAGGUUAAUCUGUUUUUAUUUAUUGAAUGCCUAUUACACAACUUUAUGUGACGAGUUUGUGUACCUUUUAUUUAAGUAUU